AGAACGUCCUGAAAACCUGACUUGCUUCGAUUUGGAUCCAAGUUUGGCUGCCACUUUGCGGUGGAAACUUAUUGUUAAUCAACAGUUGGGCGAGAUAACCAUUUGGAAUACAAAUUAAUUUAUUGAUGGGAUCCAAUUGAAGGGCCCGUGAACCGAAAACCGACCACACGUAGAAGAGAAGGAAGAAGACGACGACAAGGUCGACGGCGACGGCAAAGAAGGAGUCAAGGCCGCUUUUUCGAGGUUUUUCAUCUGACAUCUCACGAGCCAUCAUGAUUUAUCUGUGCGAGUUUCCUGAUUGCGCUUUCUUAACCCGCUGGAAAAGCGAAUUCGAUACCCACAGGAAGCGCCAUCUGGGACAGCGAGAUUUCCCCUGUCAGAGUUGCGAGAAGAGGUUCUUCUGCCGAAGGGAUCUCAACAUCCACCACCGGGUUCAUUCCGGGACCAAACCUUAUUGUUGCCAAGGGUGUGAUAAGACCUUUGCUCAGAAAAGCCAACUCAACACCCACGAGACCAAAGAGCAUCCGAAUCUCUCGACCAGACAACGAAAAUGGUAUCCCUGUCACUUGUGCAAAAAGAUCCUGACCACCCAAGACGGCCUCCAGAUUCACAUUGCCGCUCAUCUGGGCCUCAAAUCCCACGAAUGUCCCACGUGUGGACUACGGUUCAGUUCUAGAUCAAAUCUACGGGCUCACAGUACUCGCCAUGAGCUGAAAGUUCGCCACGAUUGCCCCGAGUGCCAGCAAUCUUUCCGUCUGAAAUCCAUGCUCAAGGAGCAUUUGUGGUCACACUCGGGAUUUCGACCUUUCCAUUGCUCCAGAUGUGACAAGGGAUUCAAACGGAGGCAGCAAUUGGAGGCCCAUUUGAACGUGCACAGCGGACUCACACCGUUUAGUUGUCAGGAAAGUGGUUGAUUAAUUAUGAGCACUCAUUAUCAAAGUUUCGUGCACACGCUUUUCACUCUUGUUGGAGAAAAUUGAGCAAAAUCCGCUCGCUUCUUGUCGUUUUCGCUUUGAAAGUUAGUGCACGGACUUCUAGAAAUAUGGACUGCCAACGGCUUUCCGGUCAAAUUGGCCUUCUUCGUCGAGUCCUUUCCAUCAUGCAUUGAAAAACCAAAAGAAAUACGUAGACAAUUGUACUUAAAGGCAAGUCGCUUUUAUUUGAUUUUUUAAUUGAAAAUUGUUUUGUUCCAAAUUAAAAGCGUAUGCAGCUGACCGACAGAAGGCCAGAUUUUUGGUCUCAAAUUCAGCCACGUUCAUUCAUAUGGUCAGAUCUUUUGAUCAUUUUUUGCGUUCUAAUUGUGGAUGAGACGAAUGGCUGAAAUGAUUCGAAUUUGUCUCUUCCUGUCCAAGUCCAUAUAUCCAGAUGUCCGUGGUUAGAGCCAGUUGCUGUAGAGCUUAGAGCUAGCUUACGUACUUGAGGGGUCCCGUAAUGGUGUGUGCAAAAUAAAUCAACCACUUGGGGCUUGAUCUGAUCUCCAGAUGUGUGGCUCUCGUUUCAAAUCAUCCUCGAGAUUGUCGCAUCACAAGAACAAAUGUCAGAAGCUCCCUCAGUCCUUCAAGGCCAAUUCGGACUUGUCGAAACUGGACGACCCGGGGUCAAGUUUCGAGGCCAUUAUGGAAUUGAAAAACGAGCCCUUUCAUCUGGACCCCAUCGCUCCGCUCUUUGAAGAGAUCGAUCCCUAACAAAGAUACCCGGACAUCAACCAUACAUGGAGGGGCUUGAUCUGUGAAAAAAAAGAGAUUCGAAUUUCAAGCCCAGAGAAAUACACGUUCUACACCUACUUGGUGCUUAUUUGUACUUGAACUCAAGUCUGCCAAUGUUUGUGUAAUUUGGCAAGUAAACAAACAGGUUUAUUUGGGCACCUCCUAACUUCGCUUCCAACACUGUUGAUUGUGUCGACAUUCACAGCCCAAAUCAUAACAAAAAUCGAUGGUUUUUCAUCUUCUGUCUGACGGAUAUUGAGUUAGAAUAGGUCUAUAUGGCUAAUGAAAUUCAAUUUGCUCUUACCUGUGGCUGGAAAAGUACAGAAAUCUAACAAAAAGUGCAACGCAGGGAAAUUCAAUUUUUUCCCAAGAGAAGUUUUUGAGGCUCAUGUAAUCUAAAAAUGAGCUGCAUUUGAAUGCUCGAAAGCAAAACUAUGUAUGUGGGAUUGGUGGUUUAAAGUUGAUACAGACAUAAAUAAAAGAAGAAAAAAAUCAAUCGUCGGGAGUGACCUCUGAUUUUACAAUGGCGGUUUUGUAGGUCAUAUUUUUCAAUUCUCUCCAAGCACCUCGCGUGCAAUCAAAACUAAAUAGAUAUAAAAUAUCUGUGUUUUUACAUCUAAGUAGUCUUAAGUGGAUGUUGGAUUAACUAAAUAUGAAGAUGAAGAGAUGG